AAUUCAGUCACUUGUGUUGGAGAAAAGGCGUUCAGCAACUGCAACCGUCUUGUUGAAGUGAGUGCACCAAACUCGAUCUAUUCCAACAGUGGUGUUUUUAAGAAGUGUCAUUCACUCACAAAAGUUGUUAUUACAAACCAGUUAAAUACGUGUGACACAUACAAUAACACUUUUUCAUGUUGUGAGUCGCUUUCAAAAUCGUCAUCCCUAAAAGUAAUGACGUCCCUGAAAGACGUGGUGAUUCCUGGCAACGUGCUUUCACUUGGCAACAGUGCUUUCAGAGAUUGUUAUUCACUUACCACCGUUGUAUUUGGCAAGCACGUCGAAACAAUCGGGACACACUGUUUCUCAAACUGUGUUAAUUUGGAACAAAUUAACUUGCCAAAGUCUCUCAAAUCAAUCAAGAAAUGUGCAUUUGAAAACUGCAAAAAACUGAAAACCCUAAAAUUUGCAGGGCGUAUUCCUCAAAUCGAGAAAUGUGUUUUUGAAAAAUGUGAAAAUGUAAGGGAAAUCAGUACAAAUGGAAUUAUCACAAAAAUUGUCGACUUUCCAGUCACUUUCAAAGUCUCGGAAAACUUCAGAAAGAAUGGCAUUGGUUGUAAAAAUGUAGUUUUUACACAGAAAGAUCUCAAAAAGUAA